AUGCCUGACGCGAAGAAGCCGUUCUUGUCGAUGGUGCUUGGACCAAUGGAAAGAGGCGGUGGAGGUCAGAUUGUCGCGGUCUCCUCCGCUCAAGCGCUGAUGCCCUCUCGGUUUCUGGCGGUAUACUCAGCCACAAAGUCACUGCUCUUGUUCCUGAGCGAAACCAUCGACUGGGAAUAUAAAACAAUCUCUGUUCAAUGCCUCAUUCCGGCGUUCGUCGCCACUAAAAUGGUGCACUUAGAG